AUGGCGGAUGGCCCCAGGUGUAAGCGCAGAAAACAGGCGAACCCGAAGAGGAGCAGCGUGACAAACUUCAACAAUGGCUUGGAGGCCAGUUCAGACUCUGACGAUGAGGACAAGCUACACAUUGUGGAGGAGGACAGCCUGCAGGAGCCUGAGGUCGCCGACGCUGAUGGGACCACGCCGCAGGACAGCCACGACGCCGCCACGACAGUAUUACCCCACAACGGCUCCUGGAAUGGAGUGAAGGAGGAGUGUGUGUCAGAUGAGGAAGAUGAGGCCGUGAAGGAUGCUCUAGUGGAGGAGAUUCUCCAGCAGGGAGACACAGCCAUCAUCUAUCCUGAAGCCCCAGAGGACGAGCAGAGUCCAGUGGAGACAGGAGGCGCUGAUGAGAACGGCACACCGGAUUCCUUCUCCCAGUUGCACACUUGCCCCUACUGCUCCCGGGGCUACAAACGCAACGCCUCGCUGAAGGAGCACAUCAAGUAUCGCCACGAGACCAGCGAGGACAACUACAGCUGCUCACACUGCAGCUAUACUUUCACCUACCGCUCGCAGCUUGAGAGGCACAUGAGCCACCACAGGGGCACCAGGGAGCAGGUUCACGUUUCCCAGUCGACAGGAGGAUCAGGAGGAACAGGUGGAACGCGCAAGUUCAAGUGCACGGAGUGUUCCAAGGCCUUCAAAUACAAGCACCACCUGAAGGAGCACCUGCGCAUUCACAGCGGUGAGAAACCAUACGAAUGCUCAAACUGCAAGAAGCGAUUCUCCCACUCAGGCUCCUACAGCUCCCACAUCAGUAGUAAGAAGUGUGUGGGUGCAGCACCCCCCAACGGCGUCGCUCGGACGCCAAUCAAGUCCCCCCCUCCCACCACCCAGACUGCACCUGUUGUAAUUGCCCCGGCCCGCAUGAUUCUUAAAGAGAAGACUGAAAGUAAACCCCUCCAGGAGCAGCUCCCCGUCACCCAGAUCAAAUCUGAACCUGUGGAAUAUGAGUGCAAGCCUGUGAUGGCGGCACCAGCAACUUCAGCUGGUACCAAUGGAGUGGUGAACGGAGGGACUGCUCAGCCAGCUGUGGCUCCAGCUGCAACCCUGCCUCAGGGUGUGGCUAUGGUCGUGCCCACAAUGGGCCUGAUGUCGCCCAUCAGCAUCAAUCUGAAUGACUUGCAGAACGUGCUUAAGGUUGCAAUGGACGGAAAUGUGCUCAGGCAGGUGCUGGGCACAGCCAACGGGGUGGUGACGCAGGGGAAGCAGGGAAUUGUAGUCCAGCAGCCACAGCAGCAGAUCAUCAGCCUGCCGGCCUUCGUGGACCACGACGGCACCACGAAGAUCAUCAUCAACUACAGCAUCAGCCCUGCUGCCGCCACCACUGCCACUACCCAGCCUACAUCGCUUGUUGUCAAAAACAACCUUCCUGCCCCUCCCGCUGUGACCAGCACUGCUGCAGCCCCUACCCCCAGUAAAACAGAUAAAGCCCCAAACCCAGAGGUGGCUGACCUCAGUAUCGUCAAGGCAGAGCCAGAAUCAGUGCCCGUCACUGACGUGGAGACGGAGGCAGCGGCAGCCACGCAGACAGCAAAGGAAACUGUUAAAACUUCAGACACAGCUCAGAUGCCAAAAGCCAACACCACCAGUACAUGUUUACUAUGUGAAGACUGUCCCGACAACCUUGAGGCGUUGCACCUCCUCCAGCAUCGCAAAGCAGCCAACGGGGAGGCGGUUGACUCUGCCGCCCUGGACCCCUCAUUCGCUGCUUUGCUAAGCGAGGCAGGAGUGACACUGGAGGAGCCGCCUGUGGACGACCUCCUCUCACUCCUCAAGACCUACUUCGCCUCAAAUGCCAACCCCAGCGAAGAAGAGCUGUCAAAGAUCUCAGAGUCUGUUAGUAUUCCAAUGGAAGUGGUCAGAAAGUGGUUUGCCAAGAUGAACUCUGGGAAAAAUUUGGGCAAAAACCGCAGUGACACGACAUCCAAAAAGACUGAAACUAGUAAUUCCAGCUCAGAGGACACAUUGAAUCAGAAUGGAGAGGAAGAAGAAGACGACACCCAGGAAACAUUCAACAGAGACUCUUCAGAAUCUGGAAGCGCGUCUCCGUCAGACUCCACAUCACUAGGCGUCAACACCGGGGACCUUGUCAUUGUUAAAAGCGAGCCAGAGGACCCCGAGGCCCCAGACUCCCAGGCAGAGCCCCUGGACCUGUCCCUCCCUAAACAUAUCGCAGCAGCAUCGAAAACCAAAACAACCACGCCUCCCGCCAAGCAGCAGGAGCAGCCUCUGAACCUGACCUGCCUGAGAAAGGAGCAGCUCGAUGGUCAAACCAUAUACGUCACCACGCCUCAAACCGGAAGACCUGUCAACAUCGUCACUGCCGCACAGCUGCCCACGUUAGUGGCCAUUGCCGGUCAGGGCACGGUGGGCUGUCUCAGAGCCAUCAACACCACGACGAAGAGAACCAUCCUCAUCCCCCAGCUCACCUACACCUACGCCACCACGGCCGGUAAUGCCUCCGGAGCGAAGACUGUCGUACUCAACGGCCAUAAGGAGAAACGUUCGGACAGCAGCUCAGACGCCGUGUCCACAGUGGAGGAGCAGAACGACUCAGAUCCAGCCGGGCUGAUGAAGAAGCGGCGGCUGGAAAACGGCGUCUACCCCUGUGAUCUUUGCUCCAAGGUCUUCCAGAAGGGCAGCUCCCUGCUCAGGCACAAAUACGAACACACAGGAAAACGGCCUCAUGAGUGCAACGUCUGCAAGAAGGCCUUCAAACACAAACAUCACCUGAUCGAACACUCGAGGCUGCACUCCGGUGAGAAACCUUACCAGUGUGACAAGUGCGGGAAGCGUUUCUCUCACUCCGGCUCGUACUCCCAGCACAUGAACCACCGCUACUCCUACUGCAAGAAGGACGGGCCAAACUCAGGCUCCGGGUCAGGGCCGCGCAGGGUUCAGUUGGAGCUCGGCGCUGGGCCGCAAUCGGACAGCCGCACCACAACCCCGCCCUCCCAACUGGACUCAGACGAGAGGGAGAGCGAGGAAGAGGACGACGAAGACGACGAGGCCAUGUGUAUGGACGACAUUCGGGUCGUGCAGGUGGACGACGGCGAGUGCGAGAUCUACGAGGGUAACUUUGAUGACGAUGAGGAGGACGGAGAGGAGAUGGUGGAGGAAGAGGUAACAGAAGAGGCAGUGAGAGAAAAGGUGGAGAAGGAGUUUGCGUGUGAUGUGGUGGAGAUCGAGCUGGGAGACGAUCACAUGGGGGACGAAGUGAUGGAGGAGAGAACCGAAGACAAGCGGGAAGCAGCAGGUGUGGAGACAGAGGAAAUGGCAGCAGGUGUUGAGACGGAGGAAAUGGCAGCAGGUGUGGAGACGGAGGAAAUGGCAGCAGUCGUGGAGACGGAGGAAAUGGCAGACUCUGAAGCAAAUACGGACAAAAGCAUUAGGGAGGAGUCAGACAGCAGCGAACCCACAGAGGAAGUGGAGACAAAUGCCAAGUAAAAGAAGGAGAAUCCCUUCGGGACAGUUCGAAUGUGAAGGUCGUCAAAGUCGAGUUUGAGACAAAACCGCAUCUCGCCAUCAGAAGAAAGUCACGGCAGUUGCCUGAUUUUAACGGUCCACUACUGUGUACAAAAACCCAGGUGUGCCUGAACUUGAAAAAAGAAAAAAACAAAACAAAACAGUGACUUUUUUUUCUUGUGAAAAUUAAAUAUCAGUGUUAAAAUUGUUUAUAGAAGUACAGAUUUUAAAGCAAAACUCACCCAUCAACUUGUUAGACUUGUUACUGAGACAUCCCAGGUUGUUUUUGUUCUGUGUUUAUUUGGUCAAUGUUACUAAUCUUGUUCUUGUUUGAAACAUUUUAACCUGUAAAGAUGAGAAAGAUUUCUAUACCUUUUUAUUGCCAAUGAAGUUUCCUAAAUCAGUAUUUUAUUGAGUUCUACGAACAAAAACCUCUGCACUACAGUAUUCCUGGUUUACCUAUGGAAACAUGCCUCAUGCAUUGUAUGCCCUUCAGUGUUAUAUAUGUACACUAGCUAGCGAGAUGUUGUUCGUGUUAGUGUUAGUCUUUGCUAGCUAGCAUUACUUUCAGUUUGACUGUUAGCCUUAAGGAAAACAAAGUAUUCUUGGGGAGGGUUGUGGGUGGGAUGGGGAGUCCGGGAUGAGAAUGUGGCUUCUGUACGCCAUAACCAAAUUUGUCCUAUCAGGGAAGGUAGAGUCACAACCUCAAAGCCAGCAUCAGGCACCUGAGUUUUGCAACCCUGCGCAGCCCAAACAGGUGGAGUCUCCAGGUGAAGAUUCAAAAGCAGACUCCACCCGCCCGGCUUCAGCUGCAGUUCCAAAACACACGCGCCAUUUCUUACCAAGCUUCUCCUUAUUUUGGCUUUAGUUCUCAGUCAGUGUUUCAGUGUUAUUAGCUUAUCUAUGAAGUCAUACUGUACGUGAAGGAACGGGGCCGUUUCCUGCUCCACCCCAAUGCCUCCAGCCUUAUGCAAGACCUGUGUGCUGUUAAAAGUGCCAUUGAACAGUGUUAUAAUUUCUUCUUCACACAUGUAGCCAGUAUUAUGUCCCUCUGUUACUUAAACAAGACCCAUAUUGACUAAUGUUUGUUCACUUGCACAGAGCAGCAAAUUUAUGUCACAGUAAUUGAAAGAUAUUUCCUGUGAAAUUAAUGCAAAUAUUUUUGAGGCCUUGAACAGUAUUUGAACCACAUGUGAAAGUUGGGAAACACAGUAUUAGGGCUGCAACUAACAAUUAUUUUUAUUAUUAGUUAAUCUGCCUAUUAGUUUGAAUAACUGAUUAAUAGUUUUGUUUACAAAAUGUGAGAAAAUAGUGAAAAAUGCACAUUGUGAUUAUCGUCUUUCUGUCCAACAGUCCACAACCCAAACAUUCACUUUACCAUGAUGUAAAUCAGAGAAAAGCAUCAACUUGGACAAGCAGGAAUCAGAGAAUGGUCAGUUCUUGUGCAAAGAUUACAAAGAAAACUAAAUAUGACGACUCGACUAAUCAACUAAUAGUCAAUUAGAGGUACCAGUUUUCCAAAUCCUCACAAGAAUCUGAAAACAGAGAAAUAACAAAUGAUUAAAUCAGCUAAUUGACUGUUUGAUGUAGCUCUACAUAGAAGAUCUAUGUAAAAUGAAACUAUGGACCUUAAGCCAAUCAGUGCAUGUUUUAAUAGACCUGAAUACUGUUAUGGACUCAUUUAGUUAGUUGAAAGUCCUCGUUGCCCAACAGUAACAAAAAAAGGUUUAGAAGUAGAUAAAUGUGCCGGACUGUGUUGGAAAGUAGAAAUCAGAAAUACAGUCCAGACUGAGCCGAGUGUGGAUAUUAAAUGCCUUGUAACCUUGAGAUAAUCAGUUUCCCACUGAUGGUAAAAGUAUUUAGAAAUGCAAGUUAAUAUGUGUGACUUUACGUCACAAGUCUAAGUUUUUAAAAUGUUUACAGAAGUGCUUCAAAACAGAAAACUUUCUGUUAAUGCAUGUUUAAGUAUUUGAAGGGCGUUUACUCAGCAGGUUGGCUCAGGAGGAAAUGAAACAGACACAAAGCCAAGUUCAGUUUAAAGUGAAAUGUAGACUGAAGGAUUUGUCAGUAACAGGAUCAUUUUUGUCAGAUGUGCACUUUUUUUUUUUUAGCAGAAAAAAAAGAAAGUUGUUGCAAGCUGUCCCGCACUUCAGGUAACAAACGUUAGUGAAUGUGGUCUCUGUCCAAGUGUUUUCAGUUGGUUUUACCGAACAGUGUUUAUAGGAUUAGUCUGUUUUUAAUUUUUUGUUUUUAUGUGUGUCCUCUGUAUGUUUUUUUUUGUUUUUUUUCAACAAUGGCAGUAUUAGAACCCUUUUCACAGAUUAAAAAAAAAAUGUACCUGUUUAGUUUUUAGAAGACUUUUUUAUAUUUAUGUGUCUUAUUUUUAUAUUUUCUUUUAUGGUUAUUUAUUACACAUUGUAGUGUACAUUACUGUAGUUUGAAUUGAUACAAUAAUAUAUUUUAGUAUGAAAAAUAAUCUCAAGACAAACAGAAAAAAUCCCAAAAUGUGGUUCUGGGAGCUGAAGUUUGUUUUAACAAAAAACACAUAAAAAAGAUAAAACAUGUAUUCUGUAAACAUGACUUCUGUUUUAAGCUAAAAAAAAAAAAAAAGAAAAAAGACAGGAAUGAAUUGAGAAAUAGAAACUGUUACAUGUGCAUCCGCUCUUUGCGUCGUUAUGAAGCUACUGAAUUCUAAACCUCUGUGAUUUUAAAAGCAUGAGUCGUCGCUGUUUUAAUGAAGGAUCUUGCUAUGAAGACAUUACUCCUCCCUUUUUAUUUCGAAGCCAAAUUUAGCUCGUCCCGACACCUUGUUUUCUGUUGUGUGCCAACUCGUUCCAUUGUACUGUCGAAGGCUGCAUAUUGUUUGUCCUCUACACACCCUUUGUAAAUCCACUGUCUUUUUGUAUUGUUUUUAUUUUAGUUUUGCUCCAUUUUUAUGACUCCCCAUCACAAUAAAAUAUAAG